AUGAUUAAUUGGUUGGAAACAAACGGUAUUCCAGCAGACCCAAAAUUAACCAAACCAGAGUUAUACAAAAUAAUUUCUGAAAAUAAAUUUCGUUUUCCCAUAAAAUAUAAGUUAGAUGAGCUUUUAGAAAAAGAUGGUUAUUGUGUGCUCCGUUUACCUCCGUACCAUCCCGAACUAAACCCCAUUGAAAAAAUAUGGGCUUUGGUAAAGAAUUGGGUUGCAGCGCGGAAUACCACGUUUAGAUUGCCUGAUACUGAGGCGCUAGCAAGACAAAAAUUUGAGGAGGUGACAGAACAAGAGUGGUUCAAUAUUUGCCAACAUGUAAGAAAGUAUGAGAAUGAACUAAUAGAAAAAGAACACCUUUUAGAUGAAGCAGUGGAAAAUUUAGUGUUCACUGUUAAUACAGGCUCAUCUGAGGAGAGUGAAGAGGGUUGGGAUGACGAUGAGACGGCAUCAGAGGAUGAACUAGGGUGUUCAAUCCUUGAAUCGGACAGCUCUGAACAGAAUGACGAUGUGGUGUAA